GUAUAUCAAGUUUUUAAUAGUAUAUCGGUAUAUCGAAAGAUCAGACAUUGACAAAAUUAGUUGUAAAGGUUUGUAAAGGUUUAUUUUAACAAUUUCACCUUUACGCAGCUCAUUUUUUCUACAGUAGAGUAUUUUUUUGAAUAUUGUGCUAGAUAUUAUUUUUUCGUACAGUAAGAUAAACAAAAAAAAACGAUAGUUAACAUACGAAAUUUUUUGGUAAAUGAAAAACUGAGAUUUGUCAACAGGAUUAAAGUUUCAUGCCAAUUUGUUAAAAGUUUAAUGAGAGGGUUUGUUUGGGUUGGUAAUAUUUGUAAGAGGUAAUUAAUUAUUAUAAAGCCGCGCGCGAGACGCGAAAUAGGUUGGAAUGUUACACAAAACUAUACAAUUAAGUUCAAAACCUGUGUACGACAAUCAAAAAAUUUCUUUCCUUCAUUAGAAUGUCGACUUUAUAUUUUCGCAUUUUCAAAAAGUCAACGAAUAAAUUAAAAUAUUUGACUUCAUAUAAACUAUAUAUUACCUCUUUGAAAAGAUAUUACAGCUCAACAAUAUAUUAUAAGGAAUGUGCUUAUGGCUCCAAAGUUUUAGAAACUUUGCAAAAAAAUAGACCCGUUAUAAUUUUAGAAUCUACUAUAAGUCAUGGUGUGCCGUAUCCUCAGAAUUUAGCAAUAGUAACUGGCAAUAAACCUGCGACUACAGCCACUUUAGACGGAAAAAUUAAUGCUUAUCGUAAUAGGCUAGAAACAUUUGCGCGAAGAGAGCUAGAGACAAGAAAAAAUUUUCGUGCUUCACAUGAAUUAAUAGAGACUUCAACAUUUUCUAGAUCAAUAUUUACAGCUUAUCGCGCGGUCACGGAUUUAAGUACUGAUUUGGUCGAAUUAGAAAGAAUUCCUAUAGCCGUUGUAUGUACAGGUGCAAGAAUCAAAUCAAUUUGGAAUAUCAGGGAAACUUUAGAAUAUUUGGAAACCCAAGGUGUAUUAGUAUCAAUAUUUGGUGAAAUAAAAAAAUAUUUUCAAGCCCUUUUUAUUCUAAAGAAUGGAUUCAAGAGUCAAUUAAAUUUAAAAUCUAUCAAAGAGAGUGUUGGUUUAAUAAAUGCAAGUACAAAUAGUGGAUUGGCCAUAUCAACCCCAAUAUCAACUGCUAAUUCUGAUGAAACACAAAGAACAAUAGAUACCACUUUAGCUGAAGCAAAAGAAAUUAGUGAAAAUAAUGGGGUAUCAUUAAGAAUUAAUCAAGCAUAUUCUUUAAAAUCAAAUAUUCCGUUAGUAAAGAAUAAUGCAAAAAUUAAUGGAAAUUCUAAACUAGAAUUAAAAGGCGAGUUUAAAAAAAAGGUUCCAGCACCUUUCUUACAAGAAUAUGAAAAACCGUCAACUUCGUCAAUAUUUAAUCAAGAGUUAAUAAUAGUUGGUGGAACAGCAGUUGACAUUACAUCGACAUUAGAUCCUUUCAUUACUGAUUAUGUUAAAACAUCAUCACCCGGUACAAUAAGGCAAUCUAUUGGAGGAGUAGGAAGAAAUAUUGCAGAAACAUCAUUUAGGCUUGGAGUCAAUCCAUUAUUUAUAUCAGCAAUUGGAAAUGACUUAAGUGGAAAUUGGUUAAAAACUAAGUUUGAAAAAAUUGGAAUGGAAACUGGUGGACUACAAAUUAUCAAUAACGAGUCAACUGCAGUAUAUAAUGCAAUACAUGAUUCCAGUGGAAAUUUAAUCUGUGCUGUUGCUGAUAUGAAAAUAUUUGAUUAUUUAUCAUCUGAUAAGGUAAAAAAGUUUAAAUUUUGGUAUUUUUUAUAUUUUUAAUUAAAUUUAUAUGUUUAUAGAUUAGCCAAACAAUUAAGAUGGGCAAACCAAAAUUAGUUUGUUUUGAUGGAAAUAUUUCUGCAGGAUGCAUAUAUAAUAUUUUAAAUACUUGUAAAACUUAUAAUAUAUCAACAUUUUUUGAAACAACUUCUAUAUCAAAAUCUUUAAAAUUAUUGGAAAAUUAUGAACAAUUUAUUCAAUUAUUAUCAUCACAAUCAUUAAAAUAUAUUUCACCAAAUAGUUUUGAAUUGAAAAC